AUGACGCCGCCUCCAUGGCUCAUCCUCCUCCGAACCCUGACCCUGACCCUGACCCUGACCCUGGCCCUGACCCCUUCGGUCAAGGGCACCCCGACCCCGUCCAUCUUCGCCCGCGACUCGGACAGGACCUGCUCGGCCGGUCAGGACCUGAAGCAGUGCGGCGCCUCCUUCCCGGACAACAUCUGCUGCCGGGAGGACGAGACCUGCGUCUCCCUCGCGGCCGCCACCACCAUCCUCUGCUGCCCGGAGUCUGCCUCGUGCGGGAGCCUGAAGCCGAUAACGUGCAACGUCCAGGCCCAGAACGCGACGCGCGACCCGGACGUCCAGCUCAAGACGACCGUCUUCGACGUCGACCUCCCCGGCUGCGGUGACGGCUGCUGCCCCUUUGGAUUCUCUUGCCAGGACGACGACGACGGCGGGAAGCAGUGCACCAUGGAUCAAGAUCAGACCGUCUCGCCCGAGGAGAAGGAGAGGGGAGACGACAGCAAGUCCUCUUCUUCUCCUCCUCCUUCCUCUACCUCUUCUUCUGCGCCCUCGACGGCGGGAUCGGCAACUGCCACCGCGACCGCGACCGACGACACUUCUUCCCCCUCCACCGGUCCGACCGAGACCCAAGCCUCGUCCGUCACGGGAACGGCAGACCCGGGCCAGGAUUCCGACUCCGACUCCGGCUCCGGCUCCGGCUCCGACCCGUCAGGUCCCGAUACCACCGCCAUCAUAGGCGGAGUGGUGGGCGCCUGCGCUGCCCUCCUCCUCGUCUCCGUCUCCGUCUUCGUCUGUCUGCGCAGGAGGGCCAAGCGUCGAGCCGGCCGGGAACCGGACAUGGUCCACGGACGUAACAUAUCCGAACCCAUCACCAAGCCCGACACGUACCGCAGCGAGUUUAUGCUGCGCAGACCCGGAAGCAGCGCCGACUCCGCCCAUCACGACCGCGAUCAAGCCCAGGGCCCCCCCAUCCGAGGUUUCUUUGGUCGUGGCAGCCACACCACCAUCACCGCCACCGCUCACAACAAUCACGAUAACAACAACAACAACAACAACAGCAACAAUCGACUAUCCAUCCCUAACCGCUUCGCCUCAGAGGUAUCGCCCAAUCCGUCCGUCGCCGAGUCCUUUGCCUCCUUUGGUGACGGAAACGUCAGCUACUUUAACAACAACAACAGCAGCAGCAGCAGCAGCAGCAGAAACAACAACAACAGCAACGACGACGACGACACCGUCACCUUGCGUAGCGUCGGCGCCCGUCUACCACCUAUCCGGUCCAUGAAGGCCUCCGGUCACAAGGUCCGCGCCAAGAGCAGCCAUCUCAGGCCGGAGCUUGCCGUCCCCGGACGCGGCUUGCGGGACUCCGCCGCGUCGCAGACGCAGGGUCAGGGGUACCUCAACAUCUUUGCCGACCCCUUUACCGCGCACGGGGAGGAGGACUAUGCUGCUGCCGGAGGCGGCGGGUCCGGCAGGGAUCCCAGCGCCGCUCACGCCCACGCCCACUCUCGCUCCCUUUCGAGAGAGACUCGCUUCUCCAUCCUCAUGAGGCAGGCUGAUCUGGGGGACGUCCAGAAUGCAUUCACUUGGGGAGUCUAA